AUGAAUUUGUGCAAAACGAUUCAAAAGAAGAUCGAAGAUGUUGUUCAAAGCUUUGCUCAUCGCUGUUGUCUGUUCGACGGUCUUGGCCGAAUCAGAUCAGGAGACGGCCAGAUUUCUGGCUUUUCAAGUCACGAAAACAACCGUUCAAAUUGUAACAGCGACGGUGGAGGUGACGAAGAAAUCGCUUUGUGCAAACUUGGUGGACGUGACUGGAGCAUGUCAACGAAGAAAGAGAGGCAUGGACAAGCCGAUCGUUCAUUCUUUUGACGACGAAGAUAUCGACCUGUAUCAUCCAUCGCCUGUUCAACAAGUUGAAGCUACGCCGGCCGUUGAUUUAGACGCACCAGGUCGUGUUGAAGUUUUGGAGAGUUCGAACGAAACGCCCGUUGAAGUGGACAUUGUAGGUCUACAGAGCGAAUGUUACGGCCGUCGAUUGGGUCUCGUUUCAGCUUUAGCUUCCAGCGUGGCUUCCGUUUUGCCGUCGGUCAGUAGCGAUUUAGCUUCCAGCUUGACAUCCGUAUUGAAUUUGACGUUGAGAUUCAAAACGACAUUGACGGCCACGGUCACGAUCACGAACACGGUAACAGAGGGAUCUAAAGCUUUCGUUGUGUCCGGAUGUACGCCCAGCCCAUUCUUGUAUCCAACAUGCUAAUUUUUUUUUUCUUUUCUCCCCCAAUUUGACAUCAGUU